UCCCUCGCCAGUGUUUUUGUUCUGGAGGAGAAAGGCAUCAGGAUGUGACUGCUCCAAGGCAGUAGAAGUGGCUUCCUGCUGGGGGAAAUGAUCAAAAAAAUUCAGACAAGCCCCUUAUGGACGAAUGAAUCAUGCACUCUGACUUUCACAGGUCCUUGCACACCAAGCAAAGACUCUCAUAUAGGCAGAUGUAAGGAUCAACACACACACUGCAACGCAACAGCAGCUGGAGCGGUUAAGGCUUGGCAGCGUGAACAGCUAAAUGUUCAAACCUUCAAAUGUCUUUCAAAUGGGAAAGUCAUAGAAAUCAUGUUUAUGAACGUGACAAAUGGAAGCUGCAACAUUCCACUGGAGACAGAUCGGGUUGGACUAACCUACAUCUACAGCCUGUCUUUCUCUCUCGGCUUGCCAGCGAAUCUACUUUCGCUGUGGGGACUUUACCAGCUGGGCCGCUCGAGCGGAGGUGGUACUCAGCUGGUUUAUAUACUCAACCUCCUGCUGUCAGAUCUUCUUCAGUUGCUCACCUUGCCUCUGUGGAUCCUCUACCUACAGAGAGCUCAUCGCUGGCCCUUUGGCCCCAUCGCCUGUCAGUUGGUGGGCUAUGCUUUCUACGUGAACAUCUAUGCGAGCAUCGCCUUUCUAUGUCUUAUAGCACUGGACCGCUGUCUGGCCAUUGUGUACCCAUUAAGCAGCCGUUGUGUGAGGAAGGUACGGUUGUCCGUGUUGUCUGGAUUGGCCGUCUGGACUCUUGUGUUCCUGUUCUGUCUAACUGGUCUCUACCCAUCUGUAUUUGAGCCCCAGGAGGGUUUAUGUCUGGAGCAGUAUCCCGUCACACCAAGAUACGCUUACUUUAAAAUAGCCACGGUGAUACUGGGCUUCCUGAUGCCAUGCUCUAUACUCGGCUGCACGUCUGCCCGAAUCGGGAUAACACUCCGCAACUCGCCCUCCAUCUCUGAUCAUGAGCGCAACAAAAUUGUGGGCACCCUAACAGUCAUCACCAUCAUCUUCAUCGUGGUCUUCGGCCCCUAUCACAUGGUGGGCGGUUAUAGAGUCGUCGCGCUGCUUCUAACUGAAGACCAGUGUGCACUGGAACGCUCUAUCUACCUGCGCUACAGAAUCUGCUACGGAUUAACCAGUCUUAAUACACUGUUAGAUCCACUCUUCUACAUUUUUCUUUGUCAGAAUGCACGUCUUGAGCUCCAAAGAUCUCUCCCCUGUCUACCAUAUCCGCGCAGGUCAGAGGGCCCGUGACAUUUGACCCAGAAAAUAUGUAGUUGCCAGGGGCGGACUGGGUGCUUUUGGUGGUAAAAAAACAAGCCUGCUGGUUCUUUUGCGAAAAAAGUACUUAAAAGUUGUAUCAGGAAUUUUCGAUUUUGAUGAGCUGUCAGCAUCUGUGUGUCCUUGGGUCUGGUGGAAUGAGAGGCGUUCGAAGGCUACGUGUUGUGCAGCGAAGUGCAUUUCUGUGAUGACUGUCCCUUCAGGCAAGCAUACAGGCUCUGAAUACAAAUAGAAAGCUUUACAUUAGCAUGUUUGCAUUUUUCAAAUUUUUUAUACAUUAUAUUACUUAAGAUUUAUGCUUUAAAUCUGGGAGCAUUCCACAAAUAUUAUUAAUUUUUCAGAGAAGCGACGGACAGUACAGUUCCUAAGUGCAAUAGAAGGUAAACUGACUUAUUUACCAUAGUCUUUUUUUUCUACAUUCAUAAAUUUUAAACAAAACUACCUUUACUAAUUGAGUUUGUUUUCAAUUUUCCUUUUUUGAUUAAAAUAUGGUUACACUUUUACUAGUGUUUAAAAGUUGGUGCAUAUUAAUAAUUCAUUCGUGCUAUUCAUUAGCUAAGGUCCAGGUUUAUUACCACACUUUCAUUCACUGACCAAACAAGACUCAGCUUUUGUAUUACAAAACAGAUUUCUUUUUCCUCUUAUUCAAGGACAGAUCCCUUAAGCUGUUUCCUUACAGCACUAUUUCACCUUAUAAUAAUAAAACACCUUUUAAUAGCACAUUAAAUUGCCUACAGUACUCAUUCUGGUAUUGAUGUGUAAGUGGAAUGAUGUUUAUUGCAUGAUGAUGAGAAUACUUGAGUACAAGCUGUCCUCGUGCAUGCACUAUGAUUAGUUUUUUCAAGAUGUUUUUUUUCCACACGGCAGAUAUUUUCCAAAGUUUGUUCGCUUUUUUAUUUGCUGGCAGAGAGUCUUUAGUCAUUGGGUCCACCAACCAAAGUAAAAUAGUUUGCACAAUUAAAUUUUCCCAGGGUAAUGUGUUUGACUAAAACCAUAAAGAGGCUUAAAAACAUUUUAUGAGUUUUCCAGGCAAGUUGGAGCAGGAAGAUAUAAACCCGUCAGACAUGUGUCUCUCCAAAGCUGGAGAAAACUUCAAUGAAUAAGUGUGAGAUCUGGGUUAAAGGUCCAAAUCUUUUUUUUCUGUAUCCAAGAAAUGAAAAUAUAACACAUCGUUCCAAUGAUCUUUGUAGUCUCAUAAUAAUGAUUUGCGGAAGGAGAAUUGAUAAAAGAAUAAUGGAUAACAUCUUUUAAAAAACUUACACAAAAACACACACACAAAAAAAUGUGUCAAUUUUUAAACAUGUUUGUCAUUGUAUAC